GAGCUAGUCGAAAGGUCGGAGUGUGCGGUGAUGGGACCGAGGUGACGGGCUAAGAAGACGCAGGAGGAGGCUUUGUACACACUGCAAAGGGACGGCCUGACUGUUGGGGACACCGCCGCCUGCGGGGUGCAUCGGUACAAAGUCCGACCGGAUCCCUCGACUGUCGCCACUCCUCUCCGCCCAGGAGCUCCGAUGGCGGCGGCUGCGUUGAGAGACCCGGCUCAGGGCAGUGUGACCUUUGAGGAUGUGGCCGUGUACUUCUCCUGCGAGGAAUGGUGUCUUCUUGAUGAGGUUCAGAUACACCUGUACCUUGAUGUCAUGCUGGAGAACUUUGCCCUUGUCUGCAUGCUGGGUUCUUGGCGUGGAGUCGAUGAAGAGACACCUUCUGAAGAGAACAUAUGUGUGGAGGGAGUAUCACAGAUUAGGACCCCCAGGGCAGGUUCAUCUCCUGAGAAGGCCCAGCCCUGUAAGAUGUGCGUCCCAGUCUUGAGAGACAUUUUGCACUUGGCUGAAGAGCAGGGAACAAAUAGGGGCCAGAAAGCAUACACAUGUGGGGCAUGUGGGAAACAGUUCUAUUUCACUGCAAACCUUCAACAGCACCGGAAGCAGCACAUUAGAGAGAAACCCUUCCGAUGUGAUGUGGGGAGACUUGCAUUUUUGAAGAGCUUCACAGUCUACGCUUCAGGGAAUCUCUCUGUGUACAGUGAAAUUGGGAAGAAAUUAGCAGCCAACAUGGGACUUCAGCAACAGGCCAGUAAUAUCAGGAAGGAACGAAACAACAGUCACGAGUGUGAAGCUGUUUUUCACAGUGGAACAAUUAAUCGGAGCUGGGGAGAAGGCAAGAAAGCCUCCAGCCACACAGAUAUGUGUGAGAGAGUUGUCACUAGUGAAGGGUUUUGUGAGUGCAGCAAAUGUGGGAAAGCCUGCACCCAAAGUUGUAAUCUUAUGCAGCACCAGAGAGUUCACACUGGAGGAAAGCCUUAUGAGUGCAGCGAAUGCGGAAAAUCCUUUAGCCAAAGCCACCACCUCAGUGUGCAUAGGAAGAUCCACACUGGAGAAAAGCCUUAUGCAUGCAAGAAAUGUGCUAAAUCUUUUCUCCAGAGAUCCAGCUUCAUUCAACAUCAGAGAGUUCACACUGGAGAAAAGCAUUAUGAAUGCAGUGAAUGUGGAAAAUCUUUUAGCAAAAAGUCCAAUUUCCUUCAACAUAAGAGAGUUCAUACUGGAGAAAGGCCUUAUGAGUGCAGUGAAUGUGGGAAAUCCUUUAUCCAUAGAUGUCAACUUUUUAUACACCAGAGAGUUCACACAGGAGAAAGGCCUUAUGAGUGCAGUGAAUGUGGGAAAUCCUUUAUUCAUAGAUGUCAACUUCUUAUACACCAGAGAGUUCACACAGGAGAAAGGCCUUAUGAGUGCAGUGAAUGUGGGAAAUCUUUUACAGUUAGGUCUGUCCUGCAAAAUCAUCAGAGAAUUCAUACUGGAGAAAGGCCUUAUGAGUGCAGCCAAUGUGAGAAAUCCUUUAUCCAUAGAUGUCAACUUCUUAUACACCAGAGAGUUCACACAGGAGAAAGGCCUUAUGAGUGCAGUGAAUGUGGGAAAUCUUUUACAGCUAGGUCUGCCCUCCAAAAUCAUCAGAGAAUUCAUACUGGAGAGAGGCCUUAUGAGUGCAGCCAGUGUGGGAAGUCCUUUAUCCAUAGAUGUCAACUUCUUAUACACCAGAGAGUUCACACAGGAGAAAGACCGUAUGAGUGCAGCCAAUGUGGGAAAUCUUUUACAGCUAGGUCUGGCCUCCAAAAUCAUCAGAGAAUUCAUACUGGAGAAAGACCUUAUGAGUGCAGCCAAUGUGGGAAAUCCUUUAUCCAUAGAUGUCAACUUCUUAUACACCAGAGAGUUCACACAGGAGAAAGGCCUUAUGAAUGCAAUGAAUGCGGGAAAUCUUUUACAGCUAGGUCUGCCCUCCAAAAUCAUCAGAGAGUUCACACAGGAGAAAGGCCUUAUGAGUGCAAUGAAUGUGGAAAAUCCUUUAUUCAUAGAUGUCACCUUCUUAUACACCAGAGUUCACACAGGAGAAAGGCCUUAUGAGUGCAGUGAAUGUGGGAAAUCCUUUAUUCAUAGAUGUCAACUUCUUAUACACCAGAGAGUUCACACAGGAGAAAGGCCUUAUGAG